AGACAUACUUAAAGAAAACCCAUAUUCCCAGCAAUUUAGGAGUUUGGGUGCGCACAAGGACAACCUUGAUGAUUAUAGGAUUGACCUGAACACCGAUAAGAGGCUUGACCAAAGAGUGUAUAAUAGACCAUUGUCAUCUGAGGUUGCUGCAAUUUGGGUUGAGGGCACCGACCUGGCAAAAAGGUUUGACAGGAGGAUAACACUUUAUGGCAACAACAAUGAAAGGCAUAGUAUACGCGUGUCAUCCGGAGCAUAUGACCCGUUGUCUUAUCCCCUAUUCUAUCCAAGGGGGAAAUUAGGUUGGCAUCCGAGACUACCUAAACGUAAUGUUCCUUGGGAGGCUGUACUACAUCCUCAACUGGUCCUUGAUGAUGAUGAUGAUGAUGAUGCAGAGGGUAAUAGCAGGUUGUGCGUCUCCGUCAGAGACUACUACUGUUAUAUGCUGCAAACACGACCUGCGAUCUUCAACCCUAUACUCUAUGGAGCUAGACUGCUGCAGCAAUGGGCUGUCGACAUGUAUGUUAAGAUUGAGAGUUGUCGGUUGCGGUGGUACAGGAAAAACCAGACGCAGAUUCGUGCCGACUUGUAUAAAGGAGUGGUUGAUGCCAUCACUUCGGGGGAGACGCGAGCAAGCGCGGUUGGGGUUAGAAUAGUGCUCCCUGGAACAUACCCUGGUGGCGAUCGCGACAUGAAGAGGAGGCAUAUGGAUGCCAUGGCAAUUGUCCAGAAAUACGGGAAGCCAGACAUCUUCCUCACCAUGACUUGCAAUCCUUAAUGGGAGGAGAUCACGAAUGAGUUGCUUCCUGGUCAGACGGCGCAAGACCGACCUGAUAUUGUGGCACGUGUGUUCUAUGGCAAACUAGAGCACAUGAAAUACAUGUUGUUCAAGAAGCAAAUCUUGGGUGUUGUUAUCGCUUAUGUAUACGUAGUUGAGUUUCAAAAAAGGGGCCUCCCCCAUGCACACUUUUUGUUGAUCAUGGACUCCACAUAUAAGCUUAUCGUCCCGGAACAGUAUGACCGACUCAUUUCCGCUGAGCUCCCAGACAAGCAUAAGUAUCCAGAUUUAUAUGCUAUGGUUGUAAAACAUAUGAUGCACGGACCAUGUGGUGCUCUUAACCCGAAGAAUGUCUGCAUGCAAGAGAACGGUUGCAAGUGCAGAUACCCAUGUCCGUUCAAUGAGAACACAGCACAGGGGAAGGACUCAUACCCAGUUUAUCGUCGGAGAGACGAUGGAAGGCGUGCUAAGGUCCAAGGAAAGAUGUUGGACAACAGGUGGGUUGUUCCUUAUAAUCCAUACCUACUGUGGAUGUUCAAUUGCCACAUCAACGUUGAGGUCUGCUCUAGCAUAAAGGCCGUGAAAUAUCUUUACAAGUACAUUUACAAGGGCCAUGAUAAGGCUUCUUUCAGUAUCGAUCAGCCUGACGCCGAUGGUAACAUUGAUGAGAUCAAGAGAUACGUUGACGCUAGGUGGAUCACCCCUCCAGAGGCAAUGUGGAGGAUCUUUGGCUUCCCACUUUGCGCCAAUUAUCCACCUGUCUUGCAGUGCCCCUUCAUCUACCGAAUAUGCACAGGGUUGCAUUCAAUGCCCAGGCUGACUUGAAGAAUGUUGUCGCCUCCGAAAAUGCUUCAAAAUCCAUGUUAACGGAAUAUUUUAAGGCUAAUCAGGAACACCCUCGGUCUAGACAUAUAUUGUACAAGGAUUUUCCCGGAAGCUUCACGUGGCAGAAGAAAAAGAAGUAUUGGAAGCCGCGGGUCGAGCGUUUUCAAAUUGGGCGCAUAGUAUCUGCCAAUCCUGCCGAGGGGGAGCGAUACUACCUGCGUGUGUUGCUUAACCAUGUGGCUGGCAAAACAUCCUUCGACGACUUGCUCACCGUGGACGGCGUGCUAUGUGGGAGCUUUAGAGAGGCUGCUGAAAGGUUGGGACUGAUCGAGGCAGACAACACGCUCGACGAAUGUCUUAAUGAGGCUGAGCAGUGGGCAAUGCCAUGCUCACUUAGGAGGCUCUUCGCAACCAUUUUGGUGCACUGCGAGCCAGGCGAUGUGCGUGGUCUUUGGGAUCGGCACUUCGAGCCGAUGUCGGAUGACUAUCGUCGAUCACGCAUGUGCCCUGACGAGGUGGAGCAGAUGGUGUUGCUUGACAUUAGGGGGAUGUUGCAGUCCAUGGGUAAAGACAUUGUUGAUUUCGCUCUUCCAAGCAUAGAUGGUGCGUUCGACCCUACAGAGGGCGAGGCGAGAGAGGUAAUCGAGGAAUCAACCGUUGAGUUUGACAUGGAUGACACGAAAUUGGCAGAUUCACUGAACAUGGAGCAGAGGGCCGCAUACGAGGAGAUACUAGGGGCUGUUGGACGCGGUGAUGGGGGUGUAUUCUUUGUUGAUGGCCCUGGAGGUACAGGUAAGACCUUCCUAUAUAGAGCGAUGCUUGCCAAGGUGAGGAGCCAGGGCAAGAUUGGUAUCGCUACCGCAACGUCCGGCGUCGCCGCUUCUAUCAUGCCUGGGGGCAGGACUGCCCACUCGAGGUUCAAGAUCCCAUUGAGUUGCGAUGAUGGAGGCUCGUGCAGCUUCACCAAGCAGAGUGGGACCGCCAAGCUACUACGGAUGGCCUCAUUGAUAAUAUGGGACGAGGCCAGCAUGACAAAGCGACAAGCGGUUGAGGCAUUGGAUAAUAGCAUGCGCGACAUCAUGGGAAUACGCGACCGACCCUUUGGAGGAAAGACUGUAGUUUUUGGCGGGGACUUUAGGCAGGUUCUGCCGGUCGUCAGAAGGGGGUCGCGGGGCCAGAUAAUUAAUGCAAGCCUCCGAAGUUCUCAUCUAUGGAAAGGUAUGCGGCAGCUACGGCUCAUCACCAACAUGAGGGCUCAUAAUGACACAUGGUUUGCCGAUUAUUUGCUAAGGGUCGGCAAUGGCACUGAGGAGGUCGACGAUCAAGGCAACAUAGUACUCCCAGAAGAUAUUUGUCUGCCGUCUACGGGCGAGGCUGACGACCUGGAGAAGCUUAUUGAGCACGUAUUUCCGAGUCUGGACAACAACAUGGCUGAUCCAAAUUACAUGACAUCUCGAGCAAUACUGUCCACAACAAACGACAACGUAGACAAGAUAAACAUCCGCAUGAUAGAGCAUUUUCAUGGAGACGAAGUAAUCUACCAUAGUUUUGACAGUGCGGAGGAUGACCCAUAUGGCUACUAUGCUCAGGAGUUUCUGAAUGGAUUGACCCCUAACGGUCUCCCUCCGCAUGCUCUCAAGCUAAAGCUGAAUUGCCCUGUCAUACUUCUAAGGAACAUUGAUCCAUCUAAUGGUUUGUGUAAUGGCACUAGGCUUGUUGUUAGAGGUUUUGAGAGGAACACCAUUGAUGCAGAAAUCGUCAUUGGACAACACGCUGGCAGGAGGGUCUUCCUUCCUCGAAUACCUCUCUGCCCAUCUGAAAAUGACAUGUUUCCGUUCAAGUUUAAGAGGAAGCAAUUUCCUAUAAGGCUUAGCUUUGCUAUGACCAUUAACAAGGCUCAAGGACAAACUAUCCCGAUUGUUGGUGUGUACCUACCCAAUCCCGUGUUCUCACAUGGUCAGCUCUAUGUUGCUUUGUCUCGAGCCACCGCGAAGAUAAACAUAAAGAUUCUCAUUCAGAAGGAGAAGCCGAAGGAGAAGACCAACCAGCAUAAGGACAAUACAAAGAAGCGAAAAAGAACGACCGUGUCCUUACUGACCUCGAUGAAGAACAUCGUCUACAGGAAGUCCUUACAGGUUGAUAACCGGUUAAUAGCAAUGCAGGUUUUGUAAUGACACGAUCAAUAAAUUUUGCUAAUGUCAAUACAUGAUGUUAUUCGUUUUUCUACAUGUAUCUUUCUAUUUGUUAUUUUUAUAAACGGAGGUAUAUUCGAUGUAUUCGAGCUACGCACUGCAGUUCAAUAAUCAGCCUUCAUAUUGGCAUCAUCAUCACCACUAUGGUUUUUGUACUAUUGAUGUUUUUAUGGUGUUGUACAUGUCACAUAGCGUAUUAUUUUAGUGUACAAUCUAUGGUACAGAUCUAUUGAUUUGCCUUAUAAAUACCAUGGACAUGCAACAAUCUUUUUUAAUUAUGCCAAGUUAUCAUACCCGUACUUAUAUAUUUUGGUAAUUUGAUAAUAUGCUGUACUGUAAAUUUAUUGCGUCCUUACUAUCUUUAUAUUAUAGUUAUCACCUGGGUUGUAGUCUGUAGAUUGUUACAAUGCACAUGUAAUUUUGCUGAAGUGUGCAAUAUUUAGCAAAAGUUAUAUUACUUGUACUUUCAGGCACCUGUACUAAUAAAUUUACAAUACAAUUCAAGUUACAUAUUAUUCUAUUCCAUUUGUUCAUUUACGUUUAUGAGAUUACUGCGGAUCUGAAAGAGUUCUAAACUAUAAAUUUAAACAAGGCUGCAUUAAUCUUGGACCUGCAUUAAUCUUGGACCUGGCGAGGAUUCGUUCAGGCAUCGCUUCAUGGUUGUCUGGUCCAUGAGAACUUGUGCUAGGCUGAUAUGGACCGUCCUAACGGGACAGCAAAGAUUCCAUUAAGAUUGUUAGUUGGUUUGAUGGUGGUCGAUUUAUAGUUGCACCCAGCCUAUAAUAUUUUGCUGUGCUGGCGUCAAAUGUGUAUCCUGUUCUAGAUGCCAUGUAAUACUAGGAUUCUCAUUUUACCUUAC